AUGGGCAUCGACUUCUUGAGUAAUCCGUUUGGAAUUUCAGGCGAUUGGAAGCACGCCGGCGGGUAUAGUUCGCCAGUGACAGCUAUCAACUCGGUUCUGUGCGACAAUUUAAAGUCUAUUUUCAGCUACAAGACGUUUUCGGAUCCGGAUUUACUGGAUAGGGCUGUUAAGAAAUGGGCCGAAAAGGCAUCAGAGCUUGAAUUUAAGGAACUAAAUUUGAGAUCAGGAGCGGGCCUGACGCCACUAGGGUACGCUAAGGGAUCCAAAUCCGUGUCGGGCAUAAUUACGCCAGGCUAUGGGGUGCCGCUUUUUGCCGAGAGUUUUCGAAAUUCCGGUAAGGAGUCGGGCCGUUUCCUUUUUAACGUGGGAGCCUUGGAUUACGACGAAGCAAAGGGAACGCUUUCCAACGACUACAUCACGCCUCUAAAGACGGCUUCUCAGUUAGGUUAUCCCGUUGUCUCGCCUCUUUCGGCUCAGGAAGCCGGGCUCACAGCAUGUCUGGCGCUCGCGUUCGCUAAGUUUGGGAAAACCGUAGGCGCCGUUAACCUGUUCGAUGCGGCCACGUUUGGAAAAUCUGUCUUGAAGAUCUCUGGGGAUCAAUCUGCAGGCGUCUUGGAUAAGUUGGCUCACACUUUAACGACAGAUUCAUCGUUUGAUCAGAUUUUGGAUGCUUUCAAUGAGGUUGCUCCCCAUAGACUGCACAACUUCGAAUUGUCGGGAUCUGAGGACGCCGAGACUGUUUUUGUCGCAUUUGGAACUGUGGAGUCGCAACUUUUCAGUAAAUUCGCAAAUGCAACUCGAGGUUCAAAAAUUGCCUCUAUAGCCAUUAGAAUUCCACUUCCUUUCGACACCGAAAAAUUUGCUGCUUUACUGCCUGUUACUACCAAGACUGUGGUCGUGAUUGGGCAAUCACCAGACGGUCUCUCACCCUCAUACUUGAAGUCACAAGUUUCGGCGGCCCUGUUCUACCAGGGCAAGAGAAAUUUAAAAGUCUUGGAGUUUAUAUACUCUCCCGACUUCGCUUGGUCGCAGAAAGCCCUUAACAGUGUUGUCACCUCUUUCUUGCCACACGUUAAAACAGGCUCGAGCAAUAAUGAGGAUUUUUUGUUCUGGAGUGCUGACAACAGUCCCAACAUUGAUGUCGCAGCCAGACUAGCGCACGCUCUUUCUUUAGAAGAUGGAAAAGAAGUGACUUUGCGGACAAAAUUUGACAACCUAACGUGUGCCGGAUUGUAUCAGGCUCAAAUUUCUUUGUAUCCUUCGACUUCCCCUGUGUUGCUUGAUAACGUAGAAGAAGCCGCCUUGGCAAUAGUCGAGGCGGACGUUUUGAUGCAUUUCAAUGCUGCAAGGUCGAUCAAAGAUUUAGGGACUCUCGUUAUAGUCAGUGGGUUUUCUUUGAAGGAGGAGGAUAUCUCAUCUACCGAGUUCCUUGUCGAUGAACUGAAGAUUCCUUUCCCUGUCAUUGAAACCAUAGUUCAGAGAGAUCUCAAGGUGGUCUUUCUAGAUUCGGCCACUAUUGGAGACAAGGAAGAGACAAAAGGGAGAACCAUGUCGUUUGUGAUGCAGGCUGCUUUUUGGAAAUACGCUUACAACUUGUCUAUCGCUGACAGCGUCAGACGCAUCUGGAAUUCUGCAGGUUCUGACAUUGAGCUGUUAGCUGCUGUUCUUUCUGACACCAUUGCGAAUGCCUUUGAUGAAGGACUCAUUGAAGCGGACGGGAAGAAGCUCAGCGAUAGUUUUAAAAACUUUACUGAUAGUAGUUCCGGAAAGAAGGAAGAAAAUGGUACUCAACUUGAAACAAUCGUUGUCGAAAACUCUUUCAAGCCUAAUCCAAGAGCCAUCGAAGAGGUACCUGAGGUUAGAAGCACGGGCUAUCUGGAAAUUGCCAAAAGCUUGACAUUCUCUGAAGCUUACGACACUGCGAAUGAAUUGAGACCCGACUUGCCUGUCAAAAACUACGUUGUCAAGGUCAAAGAGAAUAGGCGUCUGACUCCUGAGGAUUACGAUAGAUAUAUUUUCCACGUCGAAUUUGAUAUCUCUGGCACUGGCAUGACCUACGGUAUUGGUGAAGCCCUUGGUAUUCACGCAAGAAACAAUGAAGCGCAAGUGAAGGACUUUUUUGAGUUUUACGGUAUUGAUGAUAAUGAGGUGAUUGUUGUACCAAAUAAAGAUAACCACAAAAUUUUGGAACACAGAACCGCUCUUCAAGCCUUCAUUGAAAAUUUGGACCUAUUCGGAAAACCUCCAAAGAGGUUUUAUGAAUCUUUAAUUGAUUUUGCCUCCGAUGAGGAUGAAAAGAAAAAGUUGCAAGAUUUGAUUUCUCCUGCUGGUGCUGUGGACUUGAAGCGUUAUCAAGACGUUGAAUAUUACACCUACGCCGAUGUCCUUGAGCUAUUUCCAUCUGUCCGCCCAUCUCUCGCUGACUUGGUCCAAAUUAUCGCUCCAUUGAAAAGAAGAGAAUAUUCCAUAGCUUCAUCGCAACGUAUGCAUCCAAACGAGAUUCACUUGCUGAUCGUCGUCGUCGACUGGGUUGAUAACAAGGGAAGAAAGAGAUAUGGUCAAUCAUCUAAAUAUAUCUCUGAACUUAGUGUUGGCUCGGAACUCGUUGUCAGCGUGAAGCCCUCUGUCAUGAAGUUACCACCAAGGCCAGAACAACCGGUCAUCAUGAGCGGUCUUGGAACCGGUCUGGCCCCAUUCAAAGCCAUUGUUGAAGAGAAGCUAUGGCAGAAAGAGCAGGGCAUGGAAAUUGGAGAAGUUUACCUCUUUCUGGGCUCUAGACAUAAGAAACAAGAAUAUUUAUAUGGCGAGCUGUGGGAAGCUUAUAAGGAUGCCGGCAUCAUUACGCAUAUCGGCGCUGCAUUUUCCAGAGAUCAGCCAAAAAAGAUUUACAUUCAGGACAGACUCAGAGAAAGUCUAGAAAUACUAGAAAGCGCUAUGAUGGAAAAAGAGGGCUCUUUCUACUUGUGUGGACCAACAUGGCCUGUUCCCGAUAUAACAAGCGCCUUGCAAGAUAUUAUUUCUGCCAAUGCUGAAAAAAAAGGACUCAAGCUUGAUCUUGCCGCUGAAAUUGAAGAACUCAAAGAAGCAGCCAGAUAUAUUCUCGAGGUUUAUUAG